CCUGCCUGUCAAAUCUACAAGCGGGAUAUCACACAAUGGAUGCAACACCACUGGAAAAUAUCCCAAUGAUUUUACACCUAUCAGUCUAGAUGAGUUGCUUGGAUUCUUCACUCCUCUAAGGAAAGAGAUCUUUAACAAAGAUCAGAGACUGCGAGGCUUGUGUCUGCAUUUGCAAUGGUUGCCUGGGAGAAUGAUUUUGUGGCAAAGCGGCUGCUGCAGCUGAUUCUGCUCCACACAGCCUGGGAGGUGGGGACCAGCCAGCUCCAUUAUUCUGUGCCUGAGGAAUCCCAGCAUGGCACUUUUGUGGGCCGCAUCGCCCAGGAUCUGGGGCUGGAGGUGAGUGAGCUGGUGCCUCGGCUCUUCCGGAUGGUUUCCAAAGGACCCGAGGACUAUUUUGAGAAGAUAAAGCCAAUCUUCCCUUAUCGGGACACUGUAAAAUUCUGAUUGAGGUGUUAGAUAUGAAUGACAACAUUCCAGAAGUGUCAGUGACUUCUCUGUCUGUGCCAGUGCCUGAGGACUCCCCACUAGGGAUAGUGGUGGCCCUGAUUAGUGUCUCAGACAAAGACUCUGGAGCCAAUGGGCAA